AUGCCUGUUUCCUCAUUGCCCGUUGUCUGUCUCAUUGUCCAAUCUACUGCAAUCAGGAAAAUCAUUGGCGAUAGUAGACAGCCUUGCCUCACUCCCAUCCUCACUUCGAAGGAUUCCGUAAGCUUCCCGUUGUGGAUUACUUGGCAUGCAGCAUUGUCGUAUAACUGUUGGAUGAGAUGUAUAAUUGUCGAUGGCGUCCAAUAGUAGCGAAGUAGUUGCCAGAUGACCUCUCGAUCGACGCUGCCUUUUCAAAGUCGAUGAAGUUGAGUGAGAUAGAGAGGUGACUGCCAUUCCAAGCUUUGUUCAAUGAUGAUCCGUAGAGUGGCGAUUUGAUCAAUACAUGAUUUGUUUCUCCUGAAUCCAGCUUGUUCCGGUCGAAGUUUUUCAUCCGAGGCUUUUUUGAUUCUCUCCAGGAUGAUGCGGCUUAGUAUUUUGCUUGGGAUGGACAAGAGCAUAUUUCCGCGCCAGUUUUCGCAUUGACUUAAGUCUCCUUUC